AUGGCCGAGCCUCAAAUCGGCGAGCUCGCCUCGCAGCUCUACGAUGCUUGCCUGGAAUCCUAUGACACCAACCACCUCUUCUACCAGGCAGAUUUCCUAAACCUCAACAUCAUCCCCAAGAAUGACCCGCAACUCCUCCUCAAGUGCACCCAGCAACUGGUCGAUCAGAAAUUACUGCGACUGCAUCAGGACAGGAAUGAGCGACUUGCAUGGAAGCUCAUUUCCCGGGAAGAUGCCGACAAACUCCAAAAUCUCAGCGCCGACGAGGGGCUAGUGUACAAUGUCAUCCACUCCACCGCCCGAUCGGGCAUCUGGGUGCGUGCCAUCCAAACUCGCACAAACCUGCACAAAUCGAUCCUCGAUCGAUGCUUGAAGUCGCUCGAGGGCAAGAACUACAUCAAAAGCGUGCAUAAUGUGAAAUUCCCCACCCGCAAGAUGUAUAUGCUGGCAGGCCUAGCCCCAAGCGAAGACAUCACGGGCGGCGCCUGGUUUACCGACGGCGUGCUCGACGCCAACUUCAUUAAUAGUGUCGCGGGUUACAUCGAGUAUACUGUUAGCCGGAAGAGCUGGUACGAAGUUCCGGCUGACCGCGGUCGCACCGCUAAGCGCAUCAAGACCGCCACCGGUAAGGCCGAGGUCAAGUCCGAAGCCACCGAAAAGACCUAUAUACCCUACCCAUUCAACUAUGAGGGCUACCCGACCGUGCAGACGAUCACCAACGCCGUCAACGAAUCCGGUAUCACCCCAGUGCGUCUGGGUGAGGAGAGCAUCGUUCAACUCCUCCAGAUGCUCUGCUUCGACAAGAAGCUCGUCGAGCUGAACCUCAAGAACGGCACUGCCUACAAAUCCGUCAAAAACCCAGAGGCCGUCAAGGAAAAGCAGUCCCGCAAGCCCGCCGAAGGUGACGAGCCCGUCCAAGUCACUGAACCUGGAAAAAGCAACGGCAUGACCGACUCUCCUUGCGGACCCUGCCCCAGCUUCCGACUCUGCUCACCGGGUGGUGCCAUCAGCCCCGAAACAUGCGAGUACUUCGAUCCGUGGAUGGAAAAGAACCUCGCCUUCUGA